UUCCUUGCAACAUUACUUUAAAGGUGCUUACCCCUCUGCCCCUCCGUCCCACGUAUCAGUUAAGUUAUGACUCGAAACUUUCCAAUACUCGGAUUGACAGUUGUUUUUUUUUUCUCCUUCAUCGCAACCUUAUCACCAAAUAUUUGAAGGGCACUGGGAUAAGGUAAUAUCACCAUGGCAGAUCCCCUCAAGAUAACGGAAGGGCUCCAGAAUGCAACCCUCAAAGACCUCAAAGGGACUGAAAAGCGAGACUCCCUAAUCGCGAUCGAGAAAAAAUACCAGCAAGAAUGGGAAAGCCAAAAACUUUUCAAUGCUGACGCGCCGUCGACGGCUGAUAUCCCUCUCCAUUCUAUCUCUGCCGCCGAGUUACGAGAGAAGUUCCCAAAGUUCUUCGGAACAAUUGCCUUUCCCUAUACAAAUGGACGUCUCCACGUGGGCCAUGCCUUUUCGUUCAGUAAGGUCGAAUUCCACGUCGGCUACGCUCGUAUGAAGGGAAUCAAUGUCCUAUGGCCGCAAGGAUAUCAUUGCACUGGCUUGCCGAUUAAGGCGUGCGCCGACAAGCUUGCUAAAGAAGUCGGGAUGUUCGGUCAGGAGUUCGAGAGGUACAAGGAGGAAGAUGAGUCCUUAAUAGAGGCAACAGCUGCGCCCGCCAAGAGAGAGAGGGAGGAUGUGACUAAAUUCACCGCAAAGAAAGGCAAGGCUGCCGCGAAGGCGGUUAAAAUGAAGUACCAAUUCCAGAUCAUGCAAGCUAUGGGCAUUCCCGUCCAACAAAUACACCUCUUCGCCGACCCGGCUUACUGGCUCGAGUACUUCCCUCCUCUCUGCAAGCUCGAUCUGAGCAACUUUGGCAGUAGGAUUGAUUGGCGCAGACAAUUUGUCACGACGGACGCCAAUCCAUACUUCGACGCGUUUGUCCGCUGGCAGAUGAUCCGACUAAGGGAGUUGGAUAAAAUCAAGUUUGGAAAACGGCAUACUAUCUACUCAAUUAAAGAUGGACAGCCCUGCAUGGACCACGACCGCAGCGAAGGAGAGGGUGUUAACCCUCAAUUAUAUGUGGCAAUCAAGAUGCAGGUACUCGAGUUUGCCCCCAAGGCUCAAGAAAUCCUACAAGGAAAGCUUCCCAAAGAUGCCAAAGUAUACCUAGUUCCGGCAACCCUACGAGCGGAGACUAUGUAUGGACAGGUAGCUUGUUUCGUCUCGCCAAAGAUUACCUACGGCAUCUACGAAGCCGCCCCCGGGGAAUACUAUGUGAUGACAGAAAGAGGUGCUAAGAACAUGGCCUACCAGGAGAUAUUCGCCCAAGAGGGUGUUAUCAAGAAGACGACCGAGAUUGAUGGCUCGGAUCUCAUUGGGUCACUGGUCAACGCCCCUCUUAGCUUUCACAAGGAUGGAGUUCGGGUACUUCCCAUGGAGUCGAUACUUGAGACCAAAGGUACUGGAGUAGUGACAUGCGUGCCCUCGGAUUCGCCCGACGAUUAUGCCACGAUAACGGACUUGGCUAAAAAGGCCGACUAUUACAAGAUCCAGAAGGAGUGGGCGGAACUAGAAAUUAUCCCUAUUAUCCGGACGCCUACUUCUGACUUGCUCGCCCUGGAACUAGUCAAAAAGUUGAAGAUUGCGUCUCCAAAGGACGUGAAGCAACUCAAAGAGGCUAAAGAGUUAGCCUACAAGGAGGGUUUCUAUCAGGGCCACAUGUUGGUAGGAGACUUCAAAGGAGAAAAGGUAGCAGAUGCCAAGCCCAAGGUUCGAGCUCAACUGAUUGAAGCUGGUCUUGCCUUCGAAUACGCAGAGCCUGAGAACAAAGUUGUCAGCAGGAGUGGCGAUGAAUGUACGGUCGCACUCAUGGAGCAGUAUUAUAUCGACUACGGAGAGGAUUCAUGGCGCACAAUCGCCACUAACUAUGUCGAGAACAAGGAUGGAAAUGGUCUCAACACUUAUUCGAGCGACGCGCGCAAUGCAUUCUUGGGAGUGCUUGACUGGCUCAAGCAAUGGGCAUGCGCUAGGACAUACGGUCUUGGCUCACAACUUCCAUGGGCCCCUGAAUUCCUGGUAGAAAGUUUAAGUGACUCAACCAUUUACAUGAGUUACUAUACCGUCGCCCAUUUCCUCCACAGUGACCUCUUCGGUCGGGAAAAAGGUAGUGGCAACAUUGCACCAGAACAGAUGAUUGACGAAGUUUGGGAUUAUAUAUUUUGCCGUACUAGUCUUACCGAUGAUAUCCUGGCUAAGUCGAAGAUUCCCAAGGAGACCCUAGAGUCGAUGCGCCGCGAAUUCGAAUACUUCUACCCCCUUGACUUGAGAGCGAGCGGCAAGGACCUAAUCAACAACCACCUUACAUUUUUCCUAUACAACCACAUCGCACUAUUCCCUAGGGAGUACUGGCCUAAGUCUAUUCGAGUGAAUGGACAUCUUCAGCUUAACGGCGAAAAGAUGUCUAAGAGUACUGGCAAUUUUAUGACUCUCGAUGAUGUGGUGAAGAAAUUCGGCGCGGAUGCGUCUCGUAUAGCUCUUGCGGAUGCUGGAGAUACCAUUCAAGAUUCCAAUUUCGUCGAGGACGUUGCCGACAACACUAUCCUUCGACUGCACACUCUGAGGGAAUGGUGCGAAGAGAUGGCUAAGAGCCAGGAUCUGCGAACGGAGCUGAAUGACUUCGAAGACGCCCUCUUCGAUAACGAAAUGAACACGCUACUGCAGGAGGCAAAGAACCAUUACGAGGAUACGAAUUACAAGAUGGCCCUGAAGUCGUGUUUCUAUGACCUGAUAAAUGCAAAGGAUGUGUACAGAGGAGCUUGUGUAGCGGCUGGAAUCGCGUUGAACAAGGAGUUGGUGUUCAAGUACAUGAGACUCCAAGCACUGUCCCUUGCUCCGAUUGCACCGCACUGGGCUGAGUACAUCUGGCUCGAGAUACUUCACGAGGCGCAGACAAUACAGGUAGCCCGGUGGCCCGAAGUGCCAGAGGCCAAUGCCGGCCUUAGCGCGGCCCGCGCCUACGUUCUCACGACACAGUCUAAUAUCACGUCGGCGGAGUCGGCGCAGAUCAAGAAGAUGGCCAAGGGAAAGCAAAUGAACUUCGACCCUAAGAAACCCAAGAAGCUAACGAUUUUUAUAACUCGAGAAUUCCCCAAGUGGCAGAACGAGUGUAUCGCUCUGAUUAGGGAGACGUGGGAUGAAGCGACCAAGACGCAGAAGUGCACCGACAAGGAGCUAAGCGGCCGGAUUGCUAAGAUAGGCAAGGUGAAGGAGGCGAUGCCAUUUGUGCAGCUCCUCAAGAAGAGGCUCCGUAACGGAGAGCCGAUCGACGUUGUGAUGGAACGUAAAUUGGACUUCGACGAGUCCAAGACUGUCACGGCCAUGGUGCCCGGUCUAAAGAGAGCGGCAGGGCUAUCGGAUGUAGAUGUCUUAUUAGUAACCGAGGGCAGCAAGACAGGAACCGACCUAGUACACGGUGGGGAGGUUGACAUCAAGUCCCCGAUUGCGGAGCAGGCUGUCCCUGGUCAGCCGUCAUUUCUGUUUGAGAAUAUCGAGGCAUAGUUAAAAGGAGAUUAACUGGACUCAUGUUUAAGUAUAGAUGAGAAGAGGGAAGGAAAUAAAAAUAACACAAAGUCCUUGCAAGACCACAUAUCCCGAUAGAUUUUAAAUGUGUUAAUAGCUAGGUUAGCUAGUUCUCUUAGAUAGAAGAGUUAACGAAAAUGAGACAGUAAAAAACACUUAAGC